AAAGGCAUGACAGUUGACAGUUAGCAGCUCAGCUCAUUUGUGUUUGUCAGUGAGGGUGGGUUGAUUACUGGGUAAGUUCCUGUGACUGUGUUUUGUCUUGUCUCUUGAUGCAUUGCUGAGGAUGUGUCAUAUACAGUACCAUAGUGUCUGCUGGUGAACAUGAGGAUUUUAAGUUGUGCAUGUGUUUUUAUUAGUUGUGUCUGGUUUAAUAAUUUACAGCAAAGAUGAACUCGACAUUCUCAACAUUGUCGUACUUUAUUCUCGGGGGUUAUUUAAAUGAAGGAAAGUUGACCUAUUUUUAUUUCACCAUCACAAUUUCACUGUACAUCAUGAUUGUUUUUUCCAACAUGUGUGUGAUUGUAGUUAUCUGUAUGAACAGAAGCCUCCAUGAACCUAUGUACCUGUUUCUGUGCAGCCUGUUUGUAAAUGAACUGUACGGUAGUACAGGAUUGUUUCCAUUACUGCUGAUCCACAUCCUCUCUGAUGUUCACACUGUUUCUGCCUCUUUUUGUUUCCUGCAGAUUUUCUGUGUUUACACUUAUGGAAGUGUUGAGUUUUUAAACUUAGCUUUGAUGUCGUACGACAGGUACCUCGCCAUCUGCUGCCCUCUGCAGUAUAACACACGUAUGACGACUCACAGGGCGUUGGUCUUCAUUUUCAUUGUGUGGAUUUACUCUUUUGUGAAGUUUUUAAUCACAUUGUCUUUAAACCUGCGCCUGACGCUGUGUGGAAACAUCAUAGACAGUUUGUAUUGUCAUAACUACCUGGUCGUUAAGUUGGCGUGCUCUGACACCACCGUAAACAACAUCUAUGGACUAUUUGGUAUCAUUAUCACUAUUGUAGUUCCUCUGGUUCCUAUCCUCUUCUCCUACAUGAGGAUUUUAAAAGUAUGUUACUCUGGUUGUAGAAAGACGAGACAGAAAGCCCUCAGCACCUGCGCACCUCACCUGGCCUCACUGCUCAACUUUUCCUUUGGUUGUAUGUUUGAGAUUGUUCAGAGUAGGUUUGAUAUGAGUGCUGUAGCCAGAGUCGUGCGUAGCAUGCUGUCUCUGUAUUUCCUCAUCAUUCAGCCUCUGCUGAAUCCAGUAAUGUUUGGAUUGCAAAUGACCAAAAUACGAAAUGCCUGUAUACAUGUCCUCGGCUGUAAGACAUUGGCUGGUCACAGUGGAAACUAACUUGCAUCAUAUUUGACUUUUUGUGAUUUUUUUCAGACAUCAGAGCCUCAAAC